UUGAUUCUCUGUUCUAGCUGCUCUCAAGUGGGAAACAGGACACUUAGAACCCUUUACAACGUUUGGACCACUGAGGAACUUCAACUGUGAGUUUAAACUGAAGCUGGUGAGGCUGAACGUCUUUUGGACUAAAGUGUGAAACAGAGAAGAGUUUGAGUUUGAGUUUGGCUCUGACACGUCUGCUCAGGCUGCUGAAAGUGAAAGUGAAGCUGCAGAAAGAGCCGCAAGAGAAAAGACACUUUACUGCAGAGAAUAAAUGGCUUCUAAAAUGGAGGACGAUCUCACCUGUCCUGUGUGCUGUGAAAUCUUCAAGGAUCCUGUCUUGUUGUCCUGCUCUCACAGCAUCUGUAAAGCCUGUCUGCAGCAGUUCUGGGAGAGCAAAGGAUCAAGAGAAUGUCCCUACUGCAGGAGGAAGUGCUCUAAAGGAGUAUAUCCUCCUAACAUGGCGUUAAGGAACCUAUGUGAGACCUUCAUACAGGAACAAAGUCAGAGAGCUUCAUCAGGGUCUGAGGUGCUCUGCAGUCUGCACAAUGAGAAACUCAAGCUCUUCUGUCUGGAGGAUAAACAGCCUGUGUGUGUGGUGUGUCGAGACUCUCGGAAACAUAAAAAUCACAAUUUUAGUCCCAUAGAUGAAGCAGCACAGGACCGUAAGGAGGAGCUCAAGAUUAAACUGCAGCCCUUACAGAAGAAACUGAAGACCUUUGAAGAAGUUAAACUCAUCUGUGACCAAACAGCAGCACACAUUAAGACUCAGACUCAACAUACAGAGAGGCAGAUCAAGCAGGAGUUUGAGAAGCUUCACCAGUUUCUACAGGAUGAAGAGGCAGCCAGGAUAUCUGCACUGAAGGAGGAAGAGAAGCAGAAGAGUCAGAUGAUGAAGGAGAAGAUUGAGAAGAUGAGCAGAGAGAUCUCAUCUCUUUCAGACACCAUCAGAGCCAUAGAGAAGGAGAUGGGAGCUGAUGACAUCACAUUCCUGCAGAACUACAAGAGCACAGUGGAAAGAGCCCAGUGCACACUGCAGGAUCCAGAGAGGGUUUCAGGAGCUCUGAUCAAUGUGGAAAAGCACCUGGGCAACCUGAAGUUCAGAGUCUGGGAGAAGAUGCAGGAGACUGUUCAGUACACUCCUGUGACUCUGGAUCCCAACACUGCACACCCACAACUCAUCCUGUCUGAGGAUCUGACCAGUGUGAGACUUGGUGAUACGGUGCAGCAGCUUCCUGAUAACCCAGAGAGAUUUGAUAGGGCUAUCCGUGUCCUGGGCUCUGAGGGCUUUAACUCAGGGACUCACUGCUGGGAUGUGGAGGUUGGAGAGAACACACUGUGGAAUGUGGGUGUGAUGACAGAGUCUCGGCAGAGGAAGGGAGACAUAUACUCCAUGAGUGGACGCUGGUGUGUGUUCUAUACUGAUGUAUAUGCAGCACAUGCUCCACCACCGCUCGGCACUCUCCUCACAGUGCAGCAGAAACUCCAGAGGAUCAGAGUGCAGCUGGACUGGGACAGAGGAGAGCUGUCAUUCUCUGACCCUGAUAAUAAUGCACACAUACACACUUUCACACACACUUUCACUGAGAGAGUGUUUCCAUACUUCUCUACUGACUAUACUCUCUCUCCUCUGCGGAUGUUACCAGUGAAGGCCUCAGUAAGAGUAGAGCAGCACAGUUAGAGCUGAUACUGACUCUGAACCAGGGAUGACAUACUGAGAGGGAAACUUAUAGGAGAGGAGACUACUGUAUGAUGAAACAAAGCCAUUUAAUAAACAGUAAAAAUAUGUCUCAUAGUGUGGAUAUAAAUGUUAAAGGUAUGGUAAUGCCCAUUAACUUGCUGUAUAUACUGCACUGUACCUAGUUUGAUUUCUAUUUCUAAAGUAAUAUUUUGGUGUUUAAUACAAACGGAUUGGUAAAUGAGUGAGGACAAUAAAACAUUUAACAUUAACCAUUCCAUGCGUUUGAUUAUCAUUUGUGUAAUUUCUUUACCAUUUUUUUCAUUCAAACACCAUUAUCAGAUAU